AGAGAACUGGUUUGUCGUUUUUGGACGAAAAGAGCUUUGAGAGUAAUUUAAUCAUUUGUUUAGUAGUGCUAAAAACUAGUCAAGUAUUUAAAGUUAUUUUAAUUUCAGCAUUAUUUUACAUGUUUUUGACAGUCGAAUUACGUCAAGUUUUCUCGACAGUAUAAUUUAGUGAUUUAAGAAAAUACUUGGCCACAGAUGAGGCUAUUAAUAGUAUUAAUAUUAUGGUUAGACUCUACUGACGUAAUAAAUUCAACUUAAGUUUUAAUACGAGACUCGUAAUGACAAAGCAUAGUAAAGAGAUUCACGCCAGGAAAGUCAACCCCGAAGAAUAUCCUCGGUCCCUAAUUUAGUAUUAUUAAGUUGACAUACUUAGAUUAAGCCUAAUUUACUGUGACUGUGUUUCUAUAUGUGCUUUAUUAAAGACAGAAGGUUUCUGGACAGCGUUACAUUUACAACAUACACUGUAUGAUAGUAAAGUAUGAAAAUUGUUUAUCUUUAUUACCUUUCCUAAGCCUCGUCAAACUAAAAUAUGUGGAGUAUGAAGCUGCAGAACUAUAUACACCAAACACCAUCAAGACUUUCUCUUAAGCUACUCAUUAAACAAAUUCACAGGACUUGCUCUCAAAGUUCUAUAAUUAGUUGCAACAGCAAAGAAUACUCUAGUUUCAAGAGGUUUAGUUCUAGUGAUAGAUGUUUGUAUUCGUUGCAAGAUCGACAGAAAGAUUUAGUAAAAGGACAACUGUCUAAAAGUGAAACCUGUGAUACUAAGGUUAACCUGGCAAACACUUGUAAUGUUAUAUCUGAUGUUUCUGUUGUGGAUUUAAAGUAUCAGAUAGACUUUUUAAAGCCAAAAUCAGGUAAUACUAUUGCUACUAGUGACUUCAAUAUGGAUUUUCACUUCGGAAAUAGCAAGUUUACAGAGAUACUACCUAUGUUACCUGUAUCCAAGUUUCCUUCACAUAAAGAAAAGUUUAUGACAUCAAGAUUUUUAGAAGAUUCUCACCAUACCAAAUUGCCAGUCUUCAAACAGUUAAAACGAGAAUACCACAGCCUUUGUCGACAGAUUCAGAAAUCAGGUGUGUCAUUUGAGGAUGUCCAGAAGUUUCUCAGAGGAAGUGAAGCGAGCACAGGACUUUUCAGCACAUCGGCUGCCACUUUCCAGCAAAAUGACAAAAAUAAAAAAGAUGAUGAUGAAUCCAAGGUAUCCCUCUUAGCCAAGGUAGCCAUUUGGAUGAUGAUGGCUUAUAUUGUCAUCACUUUAAUGUCCUUGCUGUUUCCAAGUAGCAACCAGCCAGAUGUGCUGCGUUAUGUUUCGUGGAAUGAAUUUGUUCAUCACAUGUUAGCGAAAGGAGAGGUGGAGGAAGUGGUUGUUAGACCCGAACUUGAUUUAGUCACAAUCUAUCUUCACGAUAAUGCUAUAAUAAAAGGAAAGAGGGUUGAGCACAAGACAUUUCACAUGAACAUCGUAGAUGUAGAGAAGUUUGAGGAAAAACUCCGUCUUGCAGAAGAAACUCUUGGUAUUCGACCGGACCAAGGAGUCCCUGUGGUAUACGAACGUAACCAGGAGAGCACGUGGUUGUUGCUUGUAUCUCUUGUAGCUGUUGCAUUAAUGAUUCUUUUGAUGUUUCGAACAGGACAGAUUAAAACUCCUCAGAGUAUGGAUUUUCUUUCACAGCUAGGCCGUGCUAAAUAUACAAUAGUUGACCCUCUUAACCCUUCUGGAAAAGGAGUUCGCUUUAAAGAUGUAGCUGGACUGAAGGAAGCGAAGGUGGAGAUUAUGGAAUUUGUAGAUUACUUAAAGCGCCCUGAAAGAUAUAAGUCCUUAGGUGCCAAAAUUCCAAAAGGUGUUCUCCUGCUAGGUCCUCCAGGAUGUGGAAAAACUAUGCUUGCAAAGGCAGUGGCUACAGAAGCUAAUGUUCCUUUCUUAGCAAUGGCUGGAUCAGAGUUUAUUGAAAUGAUUGGAGGGUUAGGUGCAGCUCGGGUGAGGGAUUUGUUCAGAGAAGCUCGUAAACGAGCUCCUUGUAUUGUUUAUAUAGAUGAACUAGAUGCUAUUGGUCGACGUCGAAGUGGAGGGAACUUGGAGGGUGCAACGGGUGAAGAAGAACAAACACUGAAUCAGCUGUUAGUAGAAAUGGAUGGUAUGGCAACAAAGGAAGGAGUGAUAAUGUUAGCUUCUACUAAUCGAGCAAAUGUAUUAGAUAAGGCCUUAUUACGACCUGGACGAUUUGACCGCCACAUUCUAAUUGAUUUGCCUACAUUACAAGAGCGGAAGGAAAUUUUUGAGCAGCAUCUUAAAUGUAUUAAUCUUGAGCUUUCCCCUUCAACAUAUUCUCUACGUUUAAGCCAAUUAACACCUGGCUUUAGUGGUGCUGACAUUGCCAAUGUGUGUAAUGAGGCAGCACUUCAUGCAGCUCGUAAUAAGCAGAAGAUUGUAAGUGCAGAAAACCUCGAGUAUGCUGUUGAAAGGGUGGUUGGAGGUAAGAGUAAUCUUAUAUAAUG